AUGCAGCCGCAAGUGAAAAUCGCACCCAAGAAGAUUGGAGUUCAAGGGCCUUCGAUGAAGAAGAAAGGUUGGUUUUUUUUUUGAAUUUUGAUCGUCAUGAUUUUUUUUUAUAUUUUGGAAAAUAAGAAAAUUGAAUAGAAUUUCCAUUAAAGCUUUUUUUUGGCAAUUUAUUUGAAUUACUAGUUGUUGAUUGCCAUUGGAGAACCUCCAAUAUUGAAAAUCAUGACUAAAAAAAAUAUUAUUUUUUUAACAUCUCCAAAAUGACCACUUGAAUUUUUUUGUCAUCAAUAAUUUUUUUAUCAGAUUUCAGAGAGCAAAAAAAUAAUCGAAAAAAAGUUUUUUUGAGAAAAAAAUAUAAACGUUACUGAAACAGUAUUAUUAGGAGAAAUUGACGCUUUUUUUGAAAAAAAUAAAAAAAUAGAGAUAAGAUGAAAAAAAUGAAAAAAAUGUUUCUAAGGGAUCACUUCAGGGUUUUAACUGAACUGUUAGCUACAUAAUUUUUCAUUUUUUUCUGUUUAAAAAUUGACUAGAAACGUGAAAUUCAGCCAUUGGAACAUUAUAAAAAAAGCGUUAUUUUUGAGAAUUUUCAAAAAUAGUGAAUUUUUCCGACUUUAAAACUUCUGAUAGUUUGAAAAAAGGUGAUUAUUCUGAACCUCGAAGUAUUUUGCUUGAUUUCAAGACUUUUUAUAAUUUAACCACGAAAAAAACUGGAGAAAGGAACAUUCCUUGUAACCGAAAAAAAACGGAAUAAUUCUUAUAAAGUGGAUUUUUCUGAUAUUUAUUGAUUUGUGUAUGAUAUUUAGUGUAUUUAGUGCAUUGACGCCACUAAAAGACAUUACUGUAUAAUUUCCAGCCGCCAGUCCGCCAGCGAUCUCGUUCAACGCCGAGGAACGGGCCGAGCUGCGGAAGCUCUCGGCGAUGCUGCCACCGACACCCAGAUCGUCAAGUUCCUCGGACCCGACGGAAAUCGUCGUCCACGCCGCCAACUACAUCCAACGCCUGGUGGCGACGGUCCACGCUCGCGUCAACACCGGAUCUUUGCCCCGAGGUUCGUCCGCAAUCACUGUUAAGUCUCCUACCGUAUACUUAUAAGUGGACCUUGGUUCGUAUUGAACGAAUGAGAGCGGCUUCGGUUGAGUGAGUGUGUCGAGGCCGCCGCCGCGGAAUGUCAACACGUUCCGAUCGGAGGCCCGCGCAUUCGUUCCUUUCCAAUAGUUUUUGGGAAUCGAUGUUUCGAUUUAUGCGUGUAGAUUGAUUGGAAACUGAUCCCGUGUACGGGGAAAUGCGCGUUUUGUAGAGCGUUAGAAGUUCGUAAGUGGUUUGAUUUAGGAGCCCUCUAGUGAGUCCUUAAGAUAUUUUAGGUUUGAGUCAAAUGAAUAGGUACUAUUUCGGUUCGUAAGUGACCACUAUAGCGUUUUUUUCUCAAAAAGAAAUGCAAAUUUUUAAAACAAAACCCGAAAAAUGCUGUUCUUACAUUUUGAUUCAAAAGAUAAGGAAAAUCCUUAAAAACGAGCACUUUAAACACUAUAGUGACCCCUUGCGCGGCACAAUUUGUGAGAAGAAGUUGUCCAAGGUCUCCUCUAGAGUCAUCACUUGAGGGAUUCCCUAAGAAAAAAAUUUUUUUGCAAGCUAUUUUUUUCUUAAUGAGUUUUGAUCAUAUAAACAACUUGAUAUAUAUUAAAUAUGCUGUCUUGAACCUAUUAAAACCAUUUUUUUCAAUACAUUUUAAACCAAAAAAAUCUCCAUUUUCAGAAGUACUAGCGACUUUGCCGCCGGCCUUCAGCCCCGCCGUGGUCAGCCGACCUUCCCGCCGACAUCACAAAAAACGGCGAUCGGUCGAGAAGAAGCGAUGA